GGCCGCCGCCACAUCCGCAGCCGAGCAGCAGGGCCGCAGCCCCGGGGGAAGAGCGGAGCAUGACGGGGAGCAGCGCCGAGCGGAGCCGCCGCUGAACCCAGAGGAGAAGACAUGACUGCGGAAUAAACAGCGGCUCACAUCAGCAUGUCUGGACCGGCAGGACCAGCGCCGCCCGCCGGGGCCGGACCGGGACCCGGGCCAGGACCCGGACCCGAGCUGCCGGACCUGAGCCACCUGACGGAGGAGGAGCGGAGCAUCAUCCUGUCUGUGAUGGAGAGACAGAAGAAGGAGGAGGAGAAGGAGCAGAGCAUGCUCAAGGAUCAGGACCUAAAGCCUCCGUCUGCCUCGUGGAGUCCACUCUCGGGGUUCAGUCAGUUGGUCACUAACGUGGCCGCCAACGUGUCCGAAGUCCUGCAGGUCAGGAGUCCAACUGAUGACGAGACGCUGGCGAAGUUACAUCAGCAGUUUGAGAUGUACAAGGACCAGGUGAAGAAGUUGGGGGAGGAGUCCCAGACUGCUCAGAUGGCCAGAGCUGAUUCGCCAACCUGUGGCGUCUGUCGUAAAACGAAGUUUGCUGAUGGAUGUGGACACGCCUGCUGCUACUGUCAAAGCCGCUUCUGUGCCCGCUGUGGGGGGCGUGUCCCUCUGAGAGCCAGUAAGGUGAUGUGGGUUUGUAACUUGUGCAGGAAGAAGCAGGAGAUCCUCACCCAGUCUGCAAACUCACCACUGGGGGUUUCAUAUCCAACGACACAGGGGUCCCCGGGGGCCAUGGGACCGCUGAGCAAUGGAGCCGACCAGAGGCGGAGUCCCUCGGGGUCGUAUUACGAUGGUGGGGGAGGGAGGAUGCCUAGAUCGCCCUCUGACCACGGCCUGGACCGACGCUCCCGUUCGCCCCACGGUUGCCAUGGUUACGGGGAAGAGGAGCUACGCGACAGGAGGCGACCAAUCAGGGACGGACGAGGUCGCUGGCAUUCCCAGGAACACCCUCUGGACCAGGUUCAGUACGAACGUGAGCUGCGGAGGCGUCAGGAGGAGGAGUUUCAGGCCCGUUACCGUAGCGACCCUAACCUGGCCCGGUACCCAGUGAAACCGCAGCCAAGUGAGGAGGCCAUGAGGAUGUUGGCUCAGGUCGGACGCGUCCGGCAUCAGCGUCGCCAUAGUGACGUCUCUCUGGCAAUUCCUGAACCCGAUCACCUGACCCUUCGGCACACUCUUCGUCAGCCCCGCCCCCCUCGCCUAGUCGCACCUGGAGGUCAGAGGUCAUACUCUGUGGACUGGGCGCCCAACCAUGCCAGCCCCACGUCUCCUCGUCGUAGUCCUGUACCGCAGCAACACCUGGACCCAAGCUCCGCCCUCAAGAGGAAACCAGCCAAUGAGAGCGCAGGGCAGAGGGGCCGGCGGAUGGGAAAAAUGCACGUUAUUGGAAGCUUCAGCAGCUCGGAGGAGGAGUUUGAAUGCACGAGCUGUGACGAACAGGACCGAGACAUGGACAGCCAAUGGUGGGAUCAUGGGUCGUGGCCCGGAGAACCGGCACCGAUGUCUAUGCAUCCAGUCACAUGGCAACCAUCUAAGGACGGAGAGCGUCUGAUUGGUCGGAUUCUGCUGAACAAGAGGAUGAAGGAUGGGACGGUUCCUGCAGAUACAGGGGCUCUGCUGGGACUCAAGGUGGUUGGAGGGAAAAUGACGGAGUCUGGUCGUCUUUGUGCGUUCAUCACUAAGGUGAAGAGGGGAAGUCUGGCCGACACCGUGGGACAUCUGAGACCAGGUGAUCAGGUUCUGGAGUGGAACGGUCGGGUUCUUCAGGGAGCCACGUUCAACGAGGUCUACAACAUCAUCCUGGAGUCUAAGCCAGAGCCGCAGGUCGAGCUGGUGGUGUCACGACCAACUGGAGAUGUUUCCAGAACUUCAGACGGUUCUCAUGUCCAGUUGGAAUCCAGUUCCAGUUCCUUUGACUCUCAGAAAGUCGGUCCGUCCAUCUCCGUCACGUCUCCCAUGAGUCCCAGCGUUUUGUCUGGACAAGUUUCUACUAUGAGACGGCCUCUGGUUCCCAGAAUUCAGGUGAAGCUGUGGUACGAUAAAGUUGGUCAUCAGCUGAUCGUCACCGUUCUUGGAGCUAAAGAACUUCCUGUCCGAGAUGACGGCCGACCCAGAAACCCUUAUGUCAAAAUCUACUUCCUGCCGGACCGGAGCGAUAAGAGUAAACGCAGAACGAAAACAGUGAAGAAGUCGGUGGAGCCACGGUGGAACCAGACCUUCAUGUACUCCCCGGUCCACCAGCGGGAAUUCAGAGAGCGGAUGCUGGAACUGACGGUCUGGGAUCAGGCCCGGGUCCGCGAGGAGGAGAGCCAGUUCCUAGGAGAGGUUCUCAUAGAACUGGACUCUGCUCUCCUGGACGAUCAGCCUCACUGGUACAAACUGCAACUUCAUGAUGUUUCAUCUGUGCCGCUGCCCAAUGCCUCCCCCUACCUGCAGAGGAGAGGACUGCAGCCAGAACAUACACACACAGCGCGGAGGCUGCAGAACAAAGGUCCUUACUAUAACUCAGGGUCUCAGAGGAUCAGUGACAGUGAGUUCUCAGAUUACGACUGUGAAGACGGCAUCGGGGUGAUAUCAGACUAUAGACAGAAUGGGCGGGACUUCCACAGCUCCACCCUCUCAGUGCCUGAGCAGAUGAUGUCCAAUCACUGCUCUAGAUCAGACAUGGUCAGGAUGAGGUCACGGUCUCCAAGCCAACCGCCUCCACACAGCGGUAACCCUCUGUACCCGCUGUACCGGGAGGAUGCAGUACGGCUGCUGCGCAGCUCCAAACUCAACAGAGCAAAUUCAGAUGCCGGUCAUUAUGGGAGUUUAGAAAGGAGACAUUUGCGGAGAAUGUCUGUUGCCACCUCUCUUGAUUCCCACGACAGAUUUUUUAAUGGUCAUAACUUCAUGAUGAAUGGCAACUGUGAGGACUACAGUUCUGACGUGAUCCCAGACUUCCCGUACGAACCUGACGCCUUUGAUGAUGAGCUGCUCAGGGCAAACCCUCGAGGUGGAUCGACCCAGACCAGUCCCACUGGAACACCGGUCUUCAGCCGACGAGGACGCCAACUUCCUGCCAUCCCCCCAAAAGGAGCCCCAGACAGAAAUGGUGAAGUGUGUGAUCCAGUGCACACAGUUAUGGCCAUGCCCAUCACAGGAGCACCGCCUGCCACAGCAGCUCCUCCCCCUUCCUAUCAUCAAACACCACCUCCGAUCCAUAAACAGGCUCCUCCCCCUGUCAAUCAUCAGCCACCUCCCCUCAUACGAAUACAGGCGCCUCCCCCUUCUGGACAACCCCCCCCUGCUGCACCUGCUCCUGUAGCUCCACCUCCUGCGCCUACUGCAGUUCCUCACCCUGCACAUGUAGCUCCACCCCCUGCACACGCACCGGCCGCUCCACUCCCAGCACCUAAACCUGUAGCUCCACUCCCAACACCUAAACCUGUAGCUCCUGCACCUGUAGCUCCGCCCUCAGCACCCACACCUGCAGCUCCACCCCCUGCUCCUGCACCUGUAGCUCCGACCCCUGCCCCUGCACCUGUAGCCCCAGCCCCAGCUCCUGCUCCUGCACCUGUAGCCCCAGCCCCAGCUCCUGCUCCUGCACCUGUAGCCCCAGCUCCUGCUCCUGCAGUUCCGCCUCCAGCACCUGCUCCUGCAGCUCCACCCCCUGCCCCUACAGCCCCACCUACCACACCUGCUCCUGUAGCUCCACCUGCUGCACCUGCUCCUGUAGUUCAGCCGCCUGCGCCUGCAGCUACCCCAGCCCCACCCACCACACCUUUACCUGCCCCUUCACCUGCCCCUUCACCUGCUCCAUCACCGGCCCCGCCCCCUCAGACACCAGACCUUGACAGACGUUCAGCAACACCUGGUGGGACCAGAAAAGAGGUCACAUGGGAAGACCAGCAGAAGAAAGCCAAUGCCAUUCUUAAAGGCUUAUUGGGAGCCAGAUCAAAGAGUGUAAAUGCACUGGACGAGGAGAAACCAGGUGUGAUGAAGGAUCCAUCAAAGAUGCGGGACAGCUUGUCCUUCAGAUCUUCAGACAGCGAUGUUAGCGAUGUAUCUGCGAUGUCCAACGCCUCUGACACGCGAACAGCCCACCGGCUCAGCCGAGUGGGGUCCGUGGAGAGCCAAUCAUUAGAUUUUGGGGCAGGGUCAGAGAAAAAACAGGAAGUAAUAGGGGCGGCGGAGGGCGGAGCCACACUGAAGAAGAGCGAAUCAGUGGAGGGUGAGGAAGGAGAGGAGGAGCCUGAACCUGAGCCUGAAAAGACGAGCUCUACCCCUGGAACUCCUCUUCAGAAAUCAUCGAGUGUUGGUGGAGAAAUCUGUUCUCUGGGACGGAAUGAUGACGACGAUGACGACAAGAAACGACGCUCGAGCUUCGGUGCUCGAAUGAUGGGGAUGGUCGGACUGGGAAAGAAGAGCCAGAGCGCCUCCCAGUUAAACCCAGAGGAGGAGGAGAAGAAGAAGAAGGUAAUAAGACUUCCUGUCCAGAGGAGCGUAGAAACUGGUUUAGCGGUCGAGUUUAAAGCUCGUUUCACCCGACAACCGAGCCGUGACCCAGAUGCUGAAGACCCAAAACCUGGAGCGUUGAUUUUUCCAGGUGUAAAGUUGGCAUCAGACAAACAGUUCACUGGCUUUCUUGAGGGAUUAGGCCCCGCCCAGCUGGCUGGACGGCAGACUCUGGCCACACCCCCCAUGGGUGACAUCCAGAUUGGGAUGGUGUACAGGAAGGAGCGUCUGGAUGUGGAGGUGAUCCGAGCCCGAGGGCUUGUGGGUAAACAGGGCAACAAGAAUACGCCAGCUCCAUAUGUGAAGGUUUAUCUGAUGGAUAACGGGAAGUGUGUCCUGAAGAGAAGAACACGUCUGGCCAGAAAAACCCUCGACCCUCUAUAUCAACAACAAUUACAGUUUGAAGAAAAUCCAGAAGGCAAAGUUCUCCAGAUCAUUGUUUGGGGCGACUACGGUCGAAUGGACCACAAAUCCUUCAUGGGAGCCGCUCAGAUCCUAUUGGACGACCUGGACUUGUCCAACAUGGUGAUUGGCUGGUUUAAACUGUUUCCUGCCACCUCAUUGGUGGACCCCGCCUUGGCCCCCCUGACCAAUAAAGAGACAGAGGGCGGCAAGUCGUAGCGUCGCUGUAGCAGCCAGCCAGGAGGGGGCACAGACUGGAAGGACCGAUGAAAAAAAUAAAUAAAUAAAGAGUCCCAUGAUCCUCUCUGCUGCUGCAUGACGUCAGCAAGAGGAAGAGGAGGGGGCGGGGCAGGCCGUGGCCCCGCCCAAAAAAUAAAGGCCGAGGGCGGGACACCUGGCGAAGGGCAGCGGCAGCCUCCAGCAGCCAGCCAAUCACAGCAGCUCCUCAGGAGUCAUGUGACUGAUAGAGGCAUGUCUGGAAACCAUAGACUCAGUACAUCACACGUUAGUUACCAUGGAGACGCAGAACAUGGGUUCUGUUCUUUGUUUUUGCAUGGAAACGCCGAAAAGAAAAGAGUAGAAAAAAUAAAACGUGAAAUGUGACAAAAAUCGCCUGAAAAAUAAAAACGUUCUGAA